AUGUCCGCCGCACCAGAGGGAUUCCUCAACUACGUUGAUGCACACAAGGACGCAUUCAUCAAACGCUUGGCCGAUGCUAUCGCGAUCCCGAGUGUUUCCGGAGAUCCCUCCCACCGCCCGCGGGUCAAGGAGAUGGGCGAGUUCGUCCAAGCGCAACUCGAUGCCGUUGGAGUGACUACCAAACUUGUAGAACUGGGAACACAAAUCCUUGAAGGCCAAAAAGUGGAACUCCCCCCAGUUGUUUUGGGUAGCAUCGGGAAUGACAAAAAUAAGAAAACUGUCUUAAUUUACGCGCACUAUGAUGUUCAGCCGGCUGAGCAAGCUGACGGAUGGAAGAGUGAUCCAUUUGAAUUAAACCACGACAAGACGACCGAUAGGUUGUAUGGACGUGGGUCAACCGACGACAAAGGGCCUUUGAUGGCAUGGAUCAAUGUGCUAGAGGCGCAUAAGGCUUCUGGCACCGAGUUGCCAGUUAAUCUGAAAAUGUGCUUUGAAGGCAUGGAGGAAAGCGGAAGUGAAGGGCUGGAUGAUCUGAUCAAGGCUGAGGCUGGAUCGGGAAAAUUCUUCCACGGAGUUGACUGUGUUUGCAUCUCGGACAACUACUGGCUUAACGACACCACCCCUUGCUUGACCUAUGGUCUUCGAGGAAUAUCGUACUUCAAAGUAACCAUCUCGGGACCUGCACACAAUUUGCAUUCUGGUCUUUACGGAAAUUGCGUACAUGAGCCUAUGACCAAUCUAGUCCAGGUGUUCUCGAAAUUGGUAGACUCCCAAGGAAAGAUCCUGAUUCCAAAAAUCAAUGAGCUUGUAGACAAAUUGACUCCCGAUGAACGUGCCCGCUAUGAAAAGAUGGAUUACUCCAUUGAAGAUAUCGACAAGGCUGUUGGCGCAUCUAUCGCACUCUCUGACGACAAAGUCGAUGUUCUUAUGGGCAGGAUGCGUUACCCAAGUUUGUCAAUCCACACAAUCGAAAGCUCAUUCGACAGCACUGGCGUAGAGUCUCCGACAAUCAUCCCAGCCACGGUUGUUGGCAAAUUCUCGCUCCGCCUGGUACCCAGCAUGACACCAGAAGUCGUCGACUCUAUCGUCAAGCGGUACAUCGAAUACGAAUUCGGAUUGCUUAACUCCAAGUGCAAGUUAACCGUUGAGGCUUUGAGCGGUGGAAAGCCGUAUCUCACGGAUCCGAACCACUGGAACUUUGUAGCAGCUUCCAACGCCACUCAAGCGAUCUACGGCAAGGAGCCGAACCUUACGCGGGAGGGAGGCUCGAUUCCCGUUACGCUGACCUUUGCCGAUGCGUUGAAUGUUAAUGUUUUAUUAUUGCCUAUGGGACGAGGUAGUGAUGGUGCCCAUUCGACUAACGAGAAGUUGGAUUUGUCAAACUACAUAAACGGAACCAAGCUUCUUGGCACUUAUUUGCAUGAGGUUGCCAAGGUCAAGAAGUGA